AGCACAUCCAUCCAUCAGCUCUGCUCGCAGCUCACGAUAAGCAACAGCUCUGUUGGAGCUUUGAUCUCUCAGGAGGAACAGAUCGGAACCAAAGGUCUGCUGGUUGCCUGCCAGUUGCCAGUAGCGAGUAGUCGUCCCGGACACGUACGGCAUGGGCAACCUCGUCUCGCAGUGCGUCGCGAACGGCGCCGGCGGCGCGCGGCGGCCUGUGGUCGUCGGGCCGGACGGCAGCCGGACGACGGUGGAGGAGAACACCGGGGUCGCGGAGCUGAUGAUCGACGCGCCGGGGCACGUGGUGGCUCGCGCCACGGACGUGGCGAGCGAGCGCCGGGUGCGGGCCAUGGCGGCCGACGAGUUCCUGCGCGCUGGGAUGGUGUACCUCCUCGUUCCCGCCGGUCGGGCCGGUGCGCGGCUGGGCGACCGUGAGGUCGAGGCCAUCGGGCGGCUGGUCUCCGGGAAGAAGAGCUCGAGGAAGAGCAGAAGGCACGCCGGCGGCAAGAGGGUCUUUCCGGCGGACGUCAACGGCGAGGAGAUGGAGAACGCGGCUCAAGAAAAGGAGGUCGUGUGUGCCGGUAAACGGGCCCAUGAUCAUGGAUUUGGGCCCAGGCAAUGGAGGCCCGCCCUGGAUACCAUCUAUGAGGCCUAGAUUUUUUUUUUUGUUAAGGAGGAAAAAAUAGUUUUUCUAAUUCUUAUUAGAGAGAGAAUAGGAAACCCCAUUCUUUGAUUCAUAUUCUUUUUGCUUGGUCUUCCUUCCCGUGAGGAUGGAGGCCAAGUUGUGUGCGUACACCUUGUAAAGACCUAACCCCCCUUGAUGUAGUCAUAUAUAAUGUCAAUGUUAGUGGUUGAUGUAGGUGAAAAUUACUUUCCUCGUGCGUGUUGAAUUCGUCUCGAGGCUCAUGAAAGUUAAGCGCUUCGGUUCUUCAUUAA